AUGUUCAACCCGAUGAACGCACCAGUUAAUAACUACGUAGAACACUGCUACCUUCGCCCCCUCCAUGGGCAAGGGCAACCCAGCACCAUGGUGGAAGGUCAGUCUCACAGCAACAGCCAGGGGCAGCAUGGGCCAAGAGCAGCACAGUCCUCUUGCUCAACACUCCACCUGAGCCAUCUGUUUGCCUCUCCUUCUGUUCUUUUACAAGAGGGUUUUCCAACCCACCCAGCUUCCUGGAACCUUUUCCAUGUUGCUAUGUGUGCUGAGGAGCUAUUGUAUGGAACCCUAGAGAGGAUUUGUAGAGAGGGUUUUCUAGGAAUGCAUGUGAACAUUCAGUUUGGGCAGAGGACCAGCAAGCCCUGCAAGUCCUCGUUUUUCUCUUUGCACCUGAGGCAAUGCCCUUGUGUCUCAGAACACACUCAUCACACCCCUUGAGGUAGAUGUUGGAAGGGAAUAUUAUCAGGGGCCUUGUUCAGGAUUCGGGUGUCUGCCAGUACUGGUCUUCUCACUGAGGAGCCCCUGAUGACAUUCCAAGGAAUCCCAGGGUGGACCAAAACAUCCCCUGCUUCCAUUAAUGGCUCACUCUGUUCUUUUCCAGGAAUCAAUGACUUGCCAUAUUACCACCAAGCCAACUCCAUGGGGAAUCAUCACACCUAUGGGAUGCCACCUGGAAGUGAACAUCCUUCUCAUACUGAUGGUGAGUUUCAAGGACAGGUGGUGGCAAAUUCAUGAGAAGUAAUGAGUGGGGGGCAAGGUAGAAGGGGACACACUGCAGCCUACAGACUUGAGAGCACAGAUAAGUAAGCACAGGCCAAAAUUUUGCAUGCAGCUGGAGUUUUCUUUGAUAGUUUUGCCAUAGCUGCUACUCUUGCUGAAAAGGCAAGCUCCUGCGCAGUUUUCAAAGUGGCUUGUCUCUUUUGCUGUAGGACCCGCCGUGGUGACAACUUCCAUGCAAGCCCCAGCACAUACAUCUCCACUUUGGAACAUGCCUGUAAUUACUAGAGGCUGUCCUGGACAAGGUCAGCAUCAGUGGUCAACAAUAUAGGGCACCUCCCUGGGCCCACACCCCCAGUGGGGACACACUGCUGACACGAAAGCCUCCUGCUUUUGCUCCUCCGUCUUCCUGUGUCACCUGGUUUACCUUCCCACUCCAAGGCUGCAAAUACACUGUCCAUUUAAAGCACAUGACUUCCCACAAAGGAUUCUUGGCUGCUGAGAACUGUAUCUGUGUGAACGAUAAGCUAUGGUUCCCGGGAUUCUUUGCAGGAAGUAAUGUGCUUACACAAGAAGCAGAAAGAGAAGAACCCUUCAUCAAGUUGUCUCUUGAUGCUCCUAGAGCAGGGAUAGCCAACCUGGCCCCUCCCCCACCAACCCCAGCAAGCAUGGUCAGUGGACAGGGAUGAUGGGAGAUGUAGUUCAGCAACACCUGGAGGGCCAUGGGUUCCCCCUCCCUGUCUUAGAGGGCCAGGCAACCUCAUAUGAUGAAAUGCAUUGGAGAAUGUGCUGGUUCAAUCCCUGGCAUCUUGCCCCAGGGAGGGGAGAAGAUGCACAAACAGCUUGGUGACCUGCCAGCAUUCAUUUAGAGCACCCCAAUGCUUUAAAGAAAUAAAUAAACUCUAGAUAGCUUUGGAGGCAGGGAACCCUGUCUUAAAACUUGGAGAGCAGCUGCCAGCCAGUGUUGGCAAUAUACUGACCCAGAUGCAACGUCUGACGAAGGAUAAGGCAGCUCCCUGUGUUCUUCCUGUUUCUCACCCAGGUACUCGCUUUUCCACGCCCCGAAGCACAGCCAAGUUGACCAAGAAGCGAGCACUGUCCAUCUCUCCUCUCUCAGAUGCCAGCAUUGACCUGCAGACUGUCAUCCGCACCUCUCCCAAUUCCUUGGUGGCUUACAUAAACUCCCGCUGUGCUUCAGCUGGUGGCUCCUACGGGCACCUCUCCAUUGGCACCAGCAGGUAGGUGUUCCCUUCCGGGAUAGGUCAGGUUUGUGUGUAUUGCGGAGCCCCAACUUUUUUUAGGACCAGGGACAUAUUUGGAAAUCUGAGGAACUGUCCUGGGCACCAUAAAAGCCUGUUCCUCUUAUAAACUUAAACUCAGUGCUGGACCUCUGACAAAGAGCCUUCUUCACUUGUAUGCAAAAUGUAUGGGAAACUCUCAUACACACCCAAAUACAUUAGCCAGUUGUGCCUCCUGAGCAAAUAUGCUCUUUGCAACACACAUUAUAAACCUCAUAUUUUAAAAAGUCAAACAUGUUUUUUAAAAUGUGCUUGACCUACCGUGGACGUGCAGCACCUGCCUGUCACUCAGUCCUCCCAACACCCCAAGUUCUCAGUUUUCCCCAAACUGGCACAAAUGAGCUUCCACUCCCCCUUCUCCCCACUCUAGCCAUUCUGAAGCAGAAGCAUAUAUGCCCCACUUUCUAGGAUUUACUCUUUGGGGAAGCACACCAAUGUCUGCCUCCAAAGCCAGAGCCUUUUGUGUGUGAGGAGCACUGCAAUAAGGAGUGGGGAAUCCUCACGCCCAAACUUGACUACAUCUCCUCAAUUCUGCACUCCUUAGCUGCCCAAGCAAGUCCCAUUAUAGAUAGUCAGAGGGUAGUUCUGUUAAAUUAAGGUAAGCCAGGUAAGGGGAUGAUGUACAAAUGCACUCUGAACAAAAUGAAAAUAGUUCUACGGUCGUACCGGAGAUUAAGAAAAACCUUCCCGCUUAUGUUAGUUCUCAUUCUCCACUAAUAGUGCCCCCCAGUCAGAAGUUUCUUCAGCUCCAUGUUUCACAGCUGGAGGGCAUUGCCUGUGCCCUUUCAAGCAUAAGGGCUAGAAACUUUCCUUCCCCUUUUUGUUUUUUAAAAAGCUGCAUUUGGGCUCAGUAACGCAUUAUGCACUUCUGUUGCAUCAUGUUACACAUGCCAUUAUGCAAACGCUCAUUGUGCAAAUGGUGCAUUAUGCAGGUGUUCUGCAUGCAAACAGCUUGUGCUUUCUUCUGUCACCCUUGGCAGUCCUUCCCUUGGGUUCCAGAGCCCCAUGGGCCACCAGAAAGCUCAAGGGAUGUCAUUUGGCCACAACCCACCUAUGGCUCCCUGUGGAUCUCAUGAACACAUACCUGGCCGGCCAGGUAUGAUGCACCAUAUGCCACCACCCCGUGGGAUGCUGAAACACUGCCAGGUAAGUGGGUAUCAGGUUCACCCGCCUGCCCCUCUCAAAGUGUCACGCUCAAGCAGGUGAAUACCAAAAGCCCCCAACAUGACACCGCCGUACCCACUGCUUACCAAGUCCCGUAGCCUGCCUGCCCACCCCCACCCCUGAAAAAAACAAAAACCCUCAGAAAUAAAUGUUAACAACCCCGGGGUGCCUUAGCACUCUUGGUAGGCUCUUAGAUUAAUCUCUCACAUUCGUUUGGGAAAGCAAGAUGGGAGGCCGUAGAGUUAACAGAGGGAGAAGGGGCCUCCUUCGGGUCUGGGGCUGCACUGGGAGAGGGCACCAUCACCUGGAGCUCUCGCCGUCUCUUUCCCACAGCUGAAGUCAGAGCCCAGCCUGGGCAGCCCUCUGGAGUCCCUGAGCACCAAGUGCAUGGAGGAGUGCUCGGAGGGUGACAUUUCCAGCCCAGCCUCGACAGGGACACAGGUAACAUCGGGCCACACCAAUGUUCUCACACAGACACCAAGCGCGCCCUCUCUCCUAAUCCAGAGUCAAGUGUCCAGGACUGGAGUGGCUCAUUUGGAGCUGGGGGGCUGUGGGGGCGUGGAGGAGAGAGAGGGAGAUGUUCUCACCAUCAGCGUUACACAUAAAAACCAUGGCGUUUUGCUUGUUUCUCCUCCCAACAUUUCAGUCUCACAGCUGGAUAGAUCAACCCCACUCUAGGCCUGGUUCAUGACACCUUUGUCUCUCACUCGUUGCCAGUCUGUCCACAAACCAAACUGCAUGCGCAGUGGGAUUGUGUGGGGCAACCUUUAGGGGGCACGGAGGAGGGGGGGAGGAGGGGAAAGUCCUGGUGAGCAAGCAGCAGAAGUUAUUGUGCUGAUGGAAUGUGUUACUCAGUUCUACUUUGGGUACAACCCAAUAUCUGCUCCAUUUUGACCAGAUGCCAUUACAUAAGUUGCUCACCAGAGAGAGCCCUAGCAGAAGCUGGUUUCCAGAGACACAUCAGAUCUUUUUGGUUUGGGCAGGCAUAUCUGAUGGCUGCAGCCGAGGCAUUGGUGGCAGGGUAUUUUAACUUACUGACAACAUUGAGAUGAUCAUAUCUUGGCUUAAUAAGUCAAGGUAUGAACAAGCUCUUUGGCUGAACACACAGUUCCUUUGCUCUUCCCUUUGUGUGAGUGAGCAAACAAACAGGGAAGUUAUAGUUGCAUGUUGUGUUCAGGCUGGGGAGCUAUGGGUAACAGCUUCAGAAUGAACCAGGAUAUUAAACUACAUUUUGAAGUUGUCUUAAUAUCCUGACUUGUUCCAAAGCUGCUAACCAUAGUUUCUUGGUUCAGAUGAAACAAGCAAGUGUAAUUAACAGCAGACUUCCUGGCUGGUUUGCCUCUCCACCAUGAAGGCAGAGGGGUUGCAAACUCAGCCUAAAGGCUUGUUCAUAUUUCAGCUUAUUAAAGUCCAAACUCUCCUCUUAUGUUUUAUGUUGUUUUAAAUAGCAUGUUGGAAUCCACCCUUAACCUUUGAGAGAGCAUGUUAUGUACAGAUACAUGUAAUUUAUUUAAAAGCAUGGCAGAAUAAAGAAAGAGUUCUAAGCUCCACUAUGGUGGAAAUCUGCCCAUACAAAUAUACAUCCUCCUCCUUCUAAACCACCCCAUAUCAUGUUUCCACACCAUCAGUCACCCAUGUGAUACAGUUACAACCUACGAAAAGAAUUUUUUGUGAAUUAAAUAUACCAAAUUGCCUUAAACAAGUCAGAUCAUUGGUCCAUCUCUAGUCCAAUGAUGAUACAGACUGAAUCUGGGACCUUCUGCACCUGCUCUGCCAUCAACUUAUGGCGCCUCAGCCAUGUGACCCAUCAGAAGGCACAAAAGAGAUUCACGGACAUCAGCAAAACCCUUGACUUCAUCAGUCCAUGGGCACAGCUGGGAGGUGGGGCAGGGAUGGGCAGCUGCCCCUCCAAUCAAGAAAAAUCAAUAAAAAUGCAUAGCUGAGAUUCUGCCCCCCCCAAAAGCCCUCCCCCCUAACAAAAGGCCUGCCUCCCCCACCAACAAAAAUCCUUGCUAUGCCUGUGCGCUGGGUGGAGCAUCAUGGACAGAUUUUGCCCCUCUCUCAUUGGGUUGUUCAGUGGGGGGCAGACUAGGUCAUUGCUCUGAAUUCUUCCCAAGAUUUUCUGAACAUGCUCCAUUUCUUACCUCCAUCCCAGGAUCCCUUACUAGGCAUGCUUGAUCCCCGGGAUGAAUUGGAGAAGGAAGAUGGGAAAGUAGAGGCUGAGGCAGUGUAUGAAACCAACUGCCACUGGGAAGGGUGUUCCAAGGAAUUUGACACCCAGGAGCAGCUGGUGCACGUGAGUGAUGUGGGCUUGUGGGCAGGACUUGGGGGGGGGGGGUGGACGGGACGGGAGGCAUCUUAGAACUUGGUGGGAACUGGAAGGGCUGACUUACGCAGUCCAACCCCCUGCCCUGAUUAGCUGCAUAAGAUACAUCCUGGCAGGGCCAAAACUAGGCUUUCUGUCACCUGAGUCAAAAACCCAGUUUGGCACCCACCCACCCUCGGAUGUGUGUUUGCAUACACACAUGCACACACACACGCACACACCCCUCAACACAUUUAUUUGUAAAGGAUAUAAAAAUAGGCAAUAGAUUAUUUGAAUUCAAAGGAAUCCUAAGACGUAUUAUGACUGUAUGACCAAAGGGAAAGUGAGCAUCCCUUCCUGUAAAAGCAAAUUGUUUGUCAAAAGUAGAACUUCCAUGUGCAGCAAUUGUCUAUAUGAGGUCAGGUUUUUAAUUGGAUUUGUUUGGUCACAGGAUCAUUUCAAGACUGCAUUACAAGACCAUAAGAUCAGCCAAGCCCCUCUGGUUUCCUUUCAAAAAAAAAUUUUGUCCUUUUCUUUGAAGCUUUUUGUCACCCGCCCCUCUUCUUGGUUGUGUGCAAACCCUUUCAAGGAGUUUUGACAUGUAAAUUUAUUCCUGAGUAAGCUUCAACAAGAUUCCUUUCAAUUUUAUUUUUGUUGGGCUCUCAAUUUUAUUUUUCUUGGAAGGGAUGCCAAGGAUUAUCUAGUCCAACCCCUGGUAAUGCAGAAAACUCAGCUAAAGCAUCCAUGACAGAUGGUCACCCGACCUCUGCUUAAAAACCUCCUGAGGCAGACCAUUCCACGGUUGAACAGCUCUUACUGUCAGAAUGGCACCCCUCUGGAAGCUUCACCGGGGUCAGAAACCCAGGCUAGACACCCUUCCCCCCCCCCCAGCUAUGAUUCUACAUCCUGGAACGAUCCCUUGUUCCACUCUGUAAUGCUUUGCAGUGAUUAAAGGUAAAGGGUAAAGGGACCCCUGACCAUUAGGUCUAGUCGUGACCGACUCUGGGGUUGCGGCGCUCAUCUCGCUUUAUUGGCCGAGGGAGCUGGUGUACAGCUUCUAGGUCAUGUGGCCAGCAUGACUAAGCUGCUUCUGGCGAACCAGAGCAGCGCAUGGAAACGCCAUUUACCUUCCCGCCGGAGUGGUACCUAUUUAUCUACUUGCACUUUGACGUGCUUUUGAACUGCUAGGUUGGCAGGAGCAGGGACCGAGCAACGGGAGCUCACCCCGUCACAGGGAUUUGAACCGCCAACCUUCUGAUCAGCAAGUCCUAGGCUCUGUGGUUUAACCCACAGCGCCACCCGCGUCCCCUUGCAGUGAUUAGGCAGGAUCAGAAGCUAAACCAUAAAUGCUGGUGAUGAAUUGUGUUUGCCACUGACUUCCACUGACUUUUUACCUCUUCUGCGUUGCUCCCCUGUCGUUGCAGCAUAUCAACAAUGAGCACAUCCAUGGGGAGAAAAAGGAGUUUGUGUGCCACUGGCAGGAGUGCUCUCGGGAACAACGACCCUUCAAAGCUCAGUACAUGCUGGUUGUUCACAUGAGGCGCCACACAGGAGAGAAGCCCCACAAGUGCACAGUAAGUAGGUGGGCUCAAAGAGCCAGCUGGUUUCUGUCCUGCGUGGAGGAUCUGAGGAGAGACGGAGUUUGAUGGGGUUCACACUAUGACUGUCUCCCGCCUUGUCUUCUUCACAAUGAGUACUGUUUUUGUAUUGCUACUAUUCAGCUUCUGCUAACAUCUGUGUUGUUUCAUUCUCUACUAUGUCCAGAACAAACAUAAUUAAUUUCAAUGCAUUUCAGUGGAAUGGAAACGUCAAAAACAAUGCAGAAAAUAAUGCAAUUAUUUACAUCACUGGUCUUCAACAGGUGGGUCAGGAGUCAGGACCCACUAGUGAGUCGUGGCCUGAUCCAAGGUGCAUCACAACAGGAGCACUACCACCAUGCAAAUAUAUUGUAAAAGAUUACGAAAUGAGUCCCCCUCUAAUGCAUGUUUGGGUUCAGAGUGGGUUCUGGGUCUGAAAAAAUGGGAAAUUGCUGAUUUGCAUAACUUGUGUGGACUCAAAAACUACUAUAGUGAAUACUGCUUUUAUUCACUUGUGUGAUUUCCAUUCCUCACCUUGGGCAAACUUGCAGAUUGCACUAGUUUCAAUUUCUGAUGGAAUUCUCUGACAACCCUACCCCUCAGCAGGGGUGCCUCAAAUUUUCAAGGAGGCAGCCGGGCCCCCUCAAUAUUCUGCGUCCUGUGGUGGGCCUCGCCAUGCCUACCCACGGCUGUGAAGGGGACCCACCAGGCCUUGCCAGGACUCCCUGUGGCUGUGGUGGGCCUUGCAGACUCCUCCUGCCAUGUGAUGUUACACAUGUGCGUCAUGCUCGUGACAUCACAGACAUGCGCCAGGCACCCCCAAAGUUGGGCAGAACCUGGUGCCUGUGACGAUGAGCCAGGUUCCAUCUUCCACCACUUCCAUCAUGUAUACCUGGCUGUGAAUGGGUGUGGCUGGCUGCCCCAUUGGAAGAAGGGUGUGGUGUGUGCACAAAGGAAGCUACACAUUUGGGCUGGCACAGAGAAAGAGUGAUUUUGUGGGGGUGGGGGUUCCCCAUUUUGCCAUACAACUACCAACUGCUUUGCUAUCCUACAGUUUGAAGGCUGCAAUAAGGCCUACUCACGACUGGAGAACCUCAAGACCCACUUGCGCUCCCACACGGGUGAGAAGCCCUACGUUUGUGAGCACGAGGGCUGCAAUAAGGCCUUCUCCAAUGCUUCAGACCGGGCCAAGCACCAGAACCGGACACAUUCCAAUGAGGUAUGGCUAGCUGCCUAGGGUGAACCAUGGAGCCUCAUGUCAAAAAGAUGGCAACCUCCCCCUCCAUGCAAUAUUGGUAUGACCCAGUGCUUCAGCCUUUCCCGAACCUCAAGUCUCUAGGUGCUGUUGUACUACAACUCCCAUUAUCCCCAAGCAGCAUAGGCAAUAGUGAGGGUUCAUAGGAGUUGCAGUCCAACAUCUGGAGGGUCCCAGUUUGAAGCACACUUGUCUUACUAUGAGGCAAAAUGAGUCAGAGAAGCAUUCUAUGCCUAAAGUUACCACCUCCAGUGAGGGAUAAUGACCUGUUUGUGUCCUGGCAGAAACCCUACGUCUGUAAGAUCCCAGGCUGCACCAAGCGAUACACAGACCCCAGUUCUCUGCGCAAGCAUGUCAAGACGGUGCACGGACCAGAUGCCCACGUCACCAAGAAGCACCGUGGAGACACCAUCUCCACCAGCCGGACACUCGUCCUCCACAGCGAUAUGAAACAGGAGCGAGACAGCGAAGGCAGGAAAGACGAAGGCAAACUCAUGGUGCCUGACUCUAACUUGGUAAGCUGUGCUACACAGGCAGCGUUGGGAGAAGAGAGACUAAAUUCCAGUGCAAGGCAUAUUACGGUUGCUUGGAGAGGACACACGGAGGACGGAUCUUGACACUGGUCAGUGGUGGCUGGUGGUCAUUGAGGCUGCUAGGGCAGAAGGCAAGGAGGCCAACAGUAGGUGGUGCCAGAGCCAGUGCUAGGCAGAGCCCACCAAUUCCCUGCUGUGUUCUAUGAGACUGAGGAGAGGGAAGGUGGCAGCCAGUGCCUCCCCUUGCACUGUUUGCAAGCAGAAAGUCUGGUAGUUGGCGGUUGCCAGAAGGCAGACUGGGGUUGGUGGGGCAGGUGCCCUAAUGGGUCAGCCUAUGAGGCUAGAAUUUAUUGAGUUCAAGAAGCACUGGGGGCCACUUCCCUCCUUACUUCUUAAGAAGCACAGAAAGGAUGAGUCAGAAAAGAUGAGGAAGCUGCCUCAUACCCAGUCAGACCGUUGGUCCGCCUGGCCCAGUGUUGCCCACACACUGACCAGCAGUGGCUCUCCAUGGCUUCAGGUGGGGAUUUCUCCCACACCUACUUGCAGGUGCCAGGGAGCUGAGCUACAGACCUUCCCAAACCAAACCACACUGAGCCAAAGAGGAAUUAGAAUUUGGUGGGAAUUUGUGAUUCAGCCAAAACGUUUAGUCCAGGAAGCUUCCUGUUCUUGCAGUCCAUUCUUCAGCAUACAGGCCUGGAGAAAGGAACGCUGCACUAUAAAUCUUCGGAAAUUGGCACCCUGAUCAUCUCAGCAUUAUUCCCGUUUUCCUUUCUACCACCCUCAUCCAUUGCCCACACCAACUGGAAUUUGCGCCAGUGAUUAAUCAACUAAGUAGAUGGUCUACUGAGUAAAGCUGGCAGCCCUAUUUUUUUUUAUUUAAAAAAUAUUGUUUUACCAUCACAUGUUAUUCAGUUUAAGAAGCAAGUUGAAGUAGUUAUGGUGCUGGUUUCGGUGUUAUAAAGCCCUGUGCAGGUAAGGUGCAAGACACUUGAAAGAUAAUCUCACCCCUUGUAUACACAGUCACUGCACUCUGCAGGUGAGGGCCUCCUGCAGAUACCGUUUCAUCAGAAGGUCCAUUCUGCACAAUACAGGAAUCAGGCCUUUAGUGUUGUGGCACCUGCCCUAUGAGAUGCCCUCCCCUUGAAUAAGAGACAGGUGCAAUCUCUGCUGCAUUUUUGGUGCCCGAUGAAGACCUUCCUCUUCCAACCAGCCUUUUCAGCUGAGAUCUUUCCCAGUCUGCAUCUGUACUAGAAUUAUUUCUAUUGAUUAAUCACUGGCUGUUUGCCACCCUGGGCUCCUUUGGGAGGAAAGGGGGGAUGGAAAUGUAAUAAAAGAAACAAGCAAGUACCCCACUCCCAUACAGGUCCCAGUGAGUUCAAGUGGUAGAGCAUGAGACUCUUAAUCUCAGGAUCGUGGGUUCGAGCCCCACGUUGGGCAAAAGAUUCCUGCAUUGCAGGGGGUUGGACUAGAUGACCCUCGUGGUCCCUUCCAAUUCUAUGAUUCUAAGUAGCCAAGAUCUCUCCCCCCACCCUGCUUGGAACACCUCCCCCCCCCCCCCGAGUUGUUGUGACGAUUGCUGUAACCCUGCGAUGUGGCUGUGCUCCACCCCCCACCCACCCCAGAAACCGCAGCCCAGCCCCGGUGGCCAGUCGUCCUGCAGCAGCGAGCGCUCUCCCUUGGGCAGCGCAAACAACAACGACAGUGGCGUGGAGAUGAAUGCCAAUGCGGGUGGCAGUUUAGAAGACCUGUCAGCGCUGGAGGAACCGUCAGAGCCCAUGGGCAACUCGGGGCUGUCGGCGCUGCACAAGCUGGAGAACCUGCGCAUUGACAAGCUGAAGCAGCUGCGCAAGCCCCUGUCCGCCAAGGGGGUCAAGCUGCCGUCCAUCCCCGGGUCAGGUGCGUGGGGAAGGAGGUCUUGGGGGGAAGAGGAGGGGAGGGCAGGGGUCUCCACAGGGGGUCAGGCACACAUCUACACCUCCAAAUCCGGAUGAGCAUUGAUCUCUAGAUCUCCAGCUUUCAUUUUUUUUAAAGGGUAUUUUUCUAGCAUUUGUAGAACCUGAGCUAGAAGUCAAAAUGGACAGAAACUCUCCUGCUCCCCGUUGUCAUGUUUUACUUUGCUGCCUGCCCACCCCGAUCAGAAAAACCCCUGUGGAUGCCCAUAGAAUAGGGUCUGCAUAGACGGUUUCCCAUAGGCAGGAGGCAGUGAGAAUAACAAGGCCCAUUGUUGCUCUUCAAGAUGGCUGCCAGCAGAGCAGCUUCAGUGCUGGGCAAGGCUGCUCUCCUAUUUUACCGCUUGCAGUGAAAUAGCCUCUUGCAGAUACUCUUGGCCUUGGUCUUGUGGUCCGCUCUUCUUUCUUCAGCCAUUUAGCACUGCCCCCUCCCAAUUAGGUCACAGAGCUGGUUGAGCCAUGUUUCUACCUGCCCUGGAGCUGACAUCACAUACGAUGCUCUAAAUAUGACUGACAGGUGCCCAGGUCUCGCAGAGGAGGAGCCCUUUCGCCAUUCUGUCAGGCCUUGCCUCGGGCCUAGUACGCCGGCUGCAAACCAUGGGCUUAGCUUUGGGCCUGGCUUUCUGAAAUGUGUUUUCUCUGUCCUUUUGGUCAACUGUUCCGCUUCUUCGCAGGCUCCACGAGAGAGAUGCCUGGCCUGUGUGGGCCACCCUCCGCUGUCUCUCACCGGCGCAUCAUGGAGCUGUCAUCGGGAGACCUGCCCUCCCUAUCCAUGCCCGGUGAGCGCCGUGGUAGCACCACCAGCACCAUCAGCUCGGCCUACACCGUCAGCCGCCGCUCCUCCAUGGUGUCACCAUACCUGCCGGCUGCGGGAGGGCCUAAUGGGGUGGGCCCACCUGACGUGUAUGACCCCAUCUCCCCUGACACCUCCAGACGCUCCAGCGAGGCCAGCCACUGCGGAGGUCUUCCAGGACUGGGCAACCUGACACCAGCCCAACAAUACCGCCUCAAAGCCAAGUACGCCGCUGCGACAGGCGGACCGCCUCCAACCCCUCUACCCAGUAUGGAGAGGGCUGCUCAGCCCAGCCUGAUGGCAGAUUACUCAGGCUCUGCCCUGCCUCUUUUCAUGCAUCGACACAGUGCCAACGAAUACCACAGGUGCAGCUCUGGCACCCUCCACCCCCACCUGGCACUUGGCCACGGGGCUCGGAGAGCCAGCGACCCCUCCCAGACGGUGGGUGAGGCCAACCCGCCCCCCAGAGUGCAAAGGUUCAAAAGCCUCAGCAACAUGAGCCCAGGAGGCAUGGGCAGAGCCAGCGGGCAGGCGAUUGGGGGCUCGGAUGCCAACCUGCAGCGCCACCUCUUCUCGCCCCGACCGCCAAGUAUCAGUGAGAACGUCUUCUUGGAGAACGCUACCAUGGAGAGCGCCGGCCCAGCUGGAGAGCAGGAACUGCUGGAGAUGGAGCCUUACCUGGGUUACCAGGAGCAGAGCUACCCAUGCCAGGCUGCGGGCAUGGAGCUCCCAAGCAACGUGGCCCAUCGAGGUGCGCCCAGGGCGAUAGGCAACUUGCAGAUGGGUCCUGAACAGCUGGAGGGCGGCUUUGACCAACUGGACUAUAUCCAGCCCCAAUGCCAGAUGAGCCUGGCUUUCCACACAACGGUGCGGCACUGGGAUGGCGAUGGUGUGGGGCUUAACCCUGCACCCUCCUCUGCCAUGGGGCAGUGCCACUCUGCCCAGUACGCAGUCCCAGAUGCCAAGCACAUGGGGGUAGAAGGUCAUGGGGGUGAAGGCCAGCAGGGCACUUUCCAGUUUGGCCAGGCCCACAUCAAGGCUGAGCAGCAGUUCCAAGCAGCUGUGCCUGCUCUGGCCUCUUGCCAGGGCAUGAAGCAGCUGCCGUACAGCCAAGCCCAGCCUGCCUGUGUCAGGGGUGAGGGGUACCACCAGCCUGAGAGCCAACAGGCCCCGUGCUUUGGUAUGGGGCAACCCCCCAGCAGGAGGCCCCAGACCCCCAUGCUGCAAGUCAAGGAGAUGAUGGUUCGGAGCUAUGUGCAGUCGCAGCAGGCGCUGAUGUGGGGGGAGCAGCCAGCCGGUGAUGCCAUGAUGGGCAUAGAGAGUGGGGGACAGUGCCAGCAGCCCCAGCCUUACCCUGGCAGCCCCAAGUACCCCAGCUACCCUGCCAAGCCCCCACCAGCAAUGGAGAGCAAAGCACUUUCAAGCCCUGGAGGCCAGUGUUACAGCCCAGGGAUGGUCCCCCACCCGCCUGGGGGCCCCAAGCCGCUGAGCAGGCCAAGCAGCUUGUGCUACCAAGCCAGCCUCCCUUAUGAGACCCCUGGCGAGGGCGGCCCCCACCGGCUGAUGCGCUUGCCCCCUCUCCGCAGCCCUGAGGAGGCCAGAGGUUUCUCCAGCCAGCUACACAUGCCGUUGGGCAAAGCUUCUGGGAACAAGUUGAUGAACGCCCACCAACGUCACUGCCAGCCCCCCAGCUGUGUGGCAGAGGAUCCGGGUGGGCCCUUCACCCCCAGGCUGGACAUCCUCAAAUCAGACUCUUUCUCUUACCUGCCAGAAGAGCAGGUGUCCAACAGCCUGGACACUCUGGACUUGGAGAACACCCACUUGGACUUCACAGCUAUCCUAGACGACGCGGAGGGCCUCAGCCCCACUUCCCCGCCCGGCGGCCCAGCCAACAUGGCUGUGGGGGACAUGAGCUCCAUGCUGAACUCACUGGCCGGGGAGAACCAGUUCCUUAACACCCUUUCCUAGGACAGUUGGGAUCAUGGCUGAGACGACGGGGACCUGCUGUGAACAGGAACCAAAUGGGCACAAGGAGAGACAAGGCCAGGGUACCUCUUGCUGGGCUGGACUCAAUAACUUGAGGUUGGGGAGUGGGACUGGGGGCUCUGCAGGGAGACUGGGUCCAAUUAGUAACUUCCAGGCUUGCCUUUUGGUACCAAAUUGCAUCUGUUGCAACCUCAGACCUCCUGUACAAGGUGGGUCUCUUGUUGAGAAUUGUGCUGAUGGUACUGGAUGAAGGACAGGUGGCCAUAGGAAAAGGAAGUGGAGUCCUUCCUCUCUCCCAGCUGGUAGAGCGAAACCCAUCCAUCCUCUGUCUCCCGCAGUCCCCAAAUGAAACCAGUAUUCUUAAUAAGCAUCACCCCAAAGUGCCUCUUCUGCAGAGUCCCCUAUGCAUUGAGAGCUCUGACAGGCUAUCAGCCUGGUUCUAGAGUUUGUUGAGCACAGCUGCAUACCUAGGGCCCAUGUCGGCCUGGAAAAAAUUUAUCCACAGAGGAACAUGUGCAAAAACAGGGCUUUUAGGCAAAUUGAAAACUUUGCCUGCAUUUAGCAGGAGCGAUCUGUGAUCUUGAGCAAGCAGGAACAUUGUCACCUGUUCAUAGUUCCUUCUUGCAAAUUCCACAGGGAAGGAAGGACUCCCAGUGGAGGAAAGAAUUGACUCUGUGGUUUUGCCUACACAGAGGCUCUGGAGGUUGGUGGUGGGGCUCAGAGCAUCUACUAAGAGCAAGCUCUUCUUUGCACAUGGCAAAUACACUUCUGGCACAUUCAGGCCUUUCAGCUCUCAUCUGGUAAAGCUGCCUGGAGCCCUGAAUUCCACAUCAACCUGGACAUUCUCCAUUAGCUCCCAUCCUGCAGUUGCCACCAUGACAAAGCUCACAUUGUGAUGUAAGUGUAAUGUUGGGGGAUGUGCAAAAACAUUCCUCUGGCGGCUUCUGCUUUCCUAAAGAUACAUGGCUUCCACUAUCGCUUGCUGUGAGAGCAGAAUUAUGGCAUCUGCCCCAAUUGCCCCAAAGGGCCACUCCAUCCACACAUCACAUUUUUUAAAGGCGUACAUAUGUGUCCUAAUCCACCUCUGGCUGUGCAUGUAAGUAGUGACAGAGUACAGGUGAGAAUGCACAUAUAAUUUAUACCAGCAGUUCCCAGUUGAGAAAGGGAGAUUGGGGCUGGGGCAAUGACGUUUUACAUGUACACUUAAAAACAGAUGCAUGUGAUGAGCUCACGUUUGCAUACAUACAUCAGGGAGCUGGGGUGGGCUGUGGAUCCUUGCCCGAGUUUAUUACCUCUUGAUGUAUGAAAGGGUUCAAAUGUCAGGCAUUGGACAGAGAACUGAAUCCUAGGGCUGAAAAAUUAAAAAGUGUAUGUGCACAACAGGCACAUAAGCAGACCAUAGUGAGCCACAAGUGUAGAAAGCUGGAGGAACAGCAUAGCACACAUUAUUGAAGUGCCUCACAUGCUCAUAACUCAGACAAGCAAGCCAAGUUACAAGGGACGACAAACUUCCAAAGAUCACAGGUCAGUCCAGCCCGCAAGAAAAAUCCUUCUUGAACCCAAAUCAGUUCAAAGGCAGGUUCACACAUGUGUCUUGCAUCACUUGAGUUGGGCUGCAUAUCUGGAGAACAUUUACCUCCUUUUGAAUCUCCCAGUUUGGCAGGAAGCAAGGUAGCCACAACUGCUCCUGCUGAUUUACUCCUUCCUUGGCCCUUCUGUCCUUCCCAACCUCUUUUAAUGACCUGGGUUCCAGGGAUGUGGCACAUGGGACACUGGUUGCCUUGACUCCCACUGCAUUUGGGGAUCUGAAGGCUUUUUACAGGUUGCAGCCUGGCAACUCCACAGGAAAGCAAAUACACCCUUCCCUUUAGAGAAACAUUGGCUAGAGGCAGCUCCUGCCAUCUCAGUGUUCAAUGGGAGGAAAAGUUGCUUUGCUACACAGCUGCUUCGGGGGUUGUUUGUUUUUAACAUGCAAAAACCUGGUUGGGGCGGGCAGCCCUCAAUCUGUGCUACUUGUGCUCAGCUGGUGAGCUAUAGCUCCUGCCAUCUAUUCAGGCCAAGUUCCCCAAAUAGUUCAGAGGCUGGGUUCUUCAGUUCUGAAUUUACAUACAAAGAUGGUGUACUUUGUUCACAGGCUACAAAUAAGCCGGGGGGGGGGGUGCGAGGAAGAGACUUGGAGGUAAUGUUCAAACAGACCCAGCUGACUAAGCAAAACAAGUGCUGCAAAAGCUCUGGAGGGUUUAAGCAUUGAGAUGGACAACCAUGAGAGUGGUGUUCAGAGUUAAAAGGAGUCACCAUCCCCUGUGGUGUUGGGACACUUGCCCCAUUGUCACCUCUUCGAAACAGGUUUUGUUAGGCUUUCAAAAACCUGCUUGACCAAAGAUGACCAAAGAGAGUGAGCAGAGCCAAGGCCAGUGAUGCUUUUUGUCACCUCUCCUAAACACAUUGUCUGUUACACGCCUGAGCCCUUGUCUUCUUUGUGCAAAGCAGAUGGGGAUUCCCUGCUUCGGGAACAAAACAUUCCAGGGGAAGCACAAGAAGCUUAGUUCUACCACAUCUAUCUGGUUCAGUAUUGUCUACAAUAUGCUGAGUGGCAGCCUCUCUCUCCCAGGUUGGGAGCAGGAGUCUUGAUUCAGCCCUGCCUGGAGUUGCUGGGUCUGGAGCCUGGGCCCUUCCCCAUGCAAAGCCAUGCUCCACCACUGAGCACCAGCUUCUGUCACUGAGCUAGCACCUUCUCCCCCUCCCUAGUCUCCCUCAGGUACUUAUCCCAAUGCCCUGCACUCAAGCAUCCUCCUCCUAGCAAAAGAAAAAGGGAAAAGGGGGGGAAAGAACCUAAGUUAAACUUGAGAAACCAAAGAAACCUUUCAUCCUUUUUAGCUUUUGUUUUGUAUCUUCCUUUUGUAUUUUAGCUGGGAAGCCAGACCAGUGCCUGUCCCUUCCAGGUGAUUUUUUCAUCUUGGGAAGGGGAAAGUAUUAAAGCAAAAGGGUGGGUGGUAGGGGAAAUGUCUAGGCAUAUCAUAGUGACAUGUAUUUUUAUGGAUUGUAUAUAGGUGUGCGAGUAUUUUUUACCUGUAAAUCUUUUCCUCUCUUUUUUUAAAGAGAAAAAACACAAUAAAAUGAAAAUUGAAAAUAUUUCCUAAGGGAGGGGAAGCAAAUCUGUCCCUUUUAUACACAUUGAAAGAGACUCAUAUAGUUGAGGAACUGCACCUAGCAGUCAUCUAGCCUGUCUUUUUAGCCUUGGUCUUCUUGCC